AUGGGAACACCAAUGAGCGCGACGCUGCUCCCAGAGGCGACACUGCUCCCAGAGGCAAUGCUGCUCUCAAAGAAGACACUGCUCCCAGAGGCAAUGCCGCUCCAAGAGGUGACGCCGCUCCCAGAGGAGACGCUGCUCCCAGAGGCGACGCUGCUCCCAGAGGCGACGCUGCUCCCAGAGGCGACGCUGCUCCCAGAGGCGACGGUGCUCCCAGAGGCGACAGUGCUCCCAGAGGCGACACUACUCCCACAGGCGACGGUGCUCCCAGAGACAACGGUGCUCCCAGAGGCGACGCUGCUCCCAGAGGCGACGCUGCUCCCAGAGGCGACGCUGCUCCCAGUGGCGACGCUGCUCCCAAAGGCGACGCUGCUCCCAGUGGCGACGCUGCUCCCCGAUGCGACGCUGCUCCCAGAGGUGACGCUGCUCCCAGAGGCAACGCUGCUCCCAGAGUCGACGCUGGCGACACCUCUGGCCCCAGAUGCGACACCUCUGGUCCCAGAUGCGACACCUCUGGUCCCAGAUGCGACGCUGCUCCCUGACGUGACCCUGUUGCUCCCAGGGGCGACGCUGCUGCUCCCAGAGGCGACGUUGCUGCUCCCAGAGGCGACACUGCUCCCAAAGGCGACACCUCUGGCACCAGAUGCGACACCUCUGUUCCCAGAUGCGAUGCUGCUCCCUGACGCGACCCUGCUGCUCCCAGGGGCGACACUGCUGCUCCCAGAGGCGACGCUGCUCCCAAAGGCGACACCUCUGAUCCCAGAUGCGACACUUCUGGUCCCAGAUGCGACGCUGCUCCCUGAGGCGAUGCUGCUGAUCACAGAGAAAUGUAAACAGUUUGGCUGA